UGACAGAUCCUAGUUUGACAUCUUGUUCUAUGAUCUUGUUGAUAAACAUCUUUAAAUAUUAAAUUUAUUUAUAAUUAAAUUUUAUAAAACAUUGUUAACUUUUGUUUUUCACUUUAAUCAAAAUGGCUUGAAGUACUAAUAUUUUUGUUGGGUAUUGAUACAUUCUCGAAUAUGUCAUCUCAGUUUUCAAGACAAAAUGAUAAACCAAAAAGAUUUUCUAUAGAUGAUGCAUUCGAAGAAGAGACUGACGAAGCUAUAAAAGUUUAUGGAAUAACAACUCCUACCUCAGAGGAAAAAUUGGGUCAAGGGGAUUCAUUAAACAUAGCUUUAAAUAACACAGGAGGGUAUAAGACUGUAACUGAUGCAUCGAGAGAUAGCGACUCUCUCAUUCAAGAUUAUUAUGAUUGUUCAAGUCGGGAAAAUUUCCAUAAAUCAUGCUUUAAACAUCCAAAAGUAAAAGAAAACUGGAGAAUGGUCUUAGCAGCAGCAACAUUACUGAUUAUUGGAGCAGGACUUUUAGUCACUGGUACAUUCACAUUAAGUGAACCAAAUUCAGGUUUACAGGCCUCCGUCUUUCUUCUUGCAGGAUUUAUUUGCUUCAUACCAGGGGCUUACCAUGUAGUCUAUAUUUAUCUUGCAGCUAAGGGUAAGAGAGGUUACCAUUUCCAUAACUUACCAUUAUUUACAUAAAUAAUGUUGAAAAUUGUCAAAUGUAGGUGAUUAACUAGUUUUAUAUGAAGAGCGCAAUGGAAAAAUGAGAAUAAAUUCUUGAAUUAAUA